UUUGCGUAGUCCUUUGGCGUUGCCAGGCAACGAGUAAACAGUAACAGCAACGUAGCUGCGGUCACACAUUCGACAAUGUCGUCGAGCUACUCAGCCAAUCAGUAUGAGAGCGCCUUCAGGUCACAGAGGCUCCAGAACUGGGGUGACACCAAGAGCUUUAAAAAGAAAACCACUUUAACAGAUGGUAACAGCACUUUUAUUGCCAAUGACAGAGGACAUCUGCUCCCAGGUCUGGUCAAGCGUGGCAGUGCAUGGCCAGACUUAAUGUAUGUAUGGGACCUUCCUGCUCGUAUUCCUGCUCGGCACAUCAACCCUACGGCCCGCUCUGCAGAGGGUCUUCACCGGCUCAGGUCCUGGGGCUUUGACCCUCAGCAACCUGAAGGGCGUCAACCACUCGGCAUCAGCAGAAACUCACAAAGGCUGAAAGAUGACGAGCAUAUCACUGCGGAAGUACAGGACUCUAAUGUUCCAUCCACCUCUACUGGAGCUCAUCUCAUAUCUCAGAACCACCCCGUCAGCGGAGGUGACCACAAUCAGGAAGAUACCGUAGUCGGGGCUGUUACUUCAUCCACCGAAGAAAAACAAAAAAGAGGCCCACAGGUCAGCAUUCAUUAGCUGAAGAGAAGCAAGCAGCUGGAGACAGGACUGAUAGAGGCCCCAGAACUGUUACAGGAAGAGCAGGGAGUAAAAUGUCAGAGAGAGCCCGCUGUGAAGCAGAAUCAUCCUCAAAGUAAAGAGCUGAGACACA